CACUGCCUGGCCAAACGGCCCCAGUCUUCAUGGAGCCUGAAGGCAUUGUCUGAAAUGAUAAUCUCCUGCAAACCACGUGAUCGGACAAAAGUAAAGAUUCAUGGCCUCCACCAGAAAAAUAGAACUGGCGGACGCCCUGGCCCUGGGGCCCAACUGGCGGCAUCUUUGUUACGUGAUGCUGUAUGCGCCCAAUCCAGGGGUGCUCUUCGGUGGCCACAUCUUGCUGAACUACUCUGUGCUGAUGUCUAUGCGCUUUGAUGGGCGACUGGGCUUCCCUGGUGGUUUUGUGGAUGACAAUAGCCCCACCCUGGAGGAAGGGCUGAGUAAGGAACUGUUGCAGAAGCUGGGCGAGGGAGUGUCCACGUUCAACAUAGUAUCCACCGACUACCGAAGCUCCCUCAUUGAGAUCACAUCGAAAGUGGUGGCCCAUUUCUAUGUCAAGUGCCUAACGCUAGAGCAGCUCCAGGCCGUGGAAGCUGGAGCACCACUAGCCAAGGACCAUGGACUAGAGGUCUUGGGCCUGGUGAGAGUGCCCCUGUAUACCUUGCAGGAUGGUGUGGGAGGCCUACCUGCAUUUCUGGAUAAUUCCUUCAUUGGUGUCGCCAGGGAGCAGCUACUCGAAGCCCUCCAGGACUUGGGAAUUCUGGCUCCUGGAACUGUCUCAGACCUCAAGGGACGAAUUGUUCAACUUAAGCAGACCCUAAAGUUGAUUCGGUCCAGAGCCGAGAGAACUUGACAGUGGGAGGACUGGGGAGAAGGGACAUGCUUCCUGGACCUCAGAGACAACAGCUGAUACCAGAUUAAAGGACAGACUGU